AUGCAUUUCUCACUAGCAGAGAUCGAUCUGAAGUUUAUCAACCGGUACCGUGACACCGAGGCCAAAGAGAGUGCAUAUCUAAGCGGAGGGAUCCUGGAUCUGAAGAAACUGGUAUCGCACGUAUUACCGUGGGAAAGGGCGAUGGAUGCGCUUCACUUGUACUCCGAUACCAAAAAUGGCAGCAUCAAGGUAUUGGUGGUGGAUGCAGAGGAGCCAACUGUAGGCGCAUAG